AUGUCCGUACACCACGACUCGCAACCUCUCGCCUCUUCCUCCAAGAUAACACCCAACAUUGCCAUAUCCGACCCUUCCUCGAGCAAAAGCGCGGAUUCAGGUGCACAAGAUGGCAGCGGCGAUGCGAAGUCGGACUGGCACACGAUCCGCCCAUGGACGCCGCGCCUCGCGCUCGCGGUGCGCGAGAUUACGAGCGUAAGCGCGACGUUUGUGCUUGCUGAUUCGCUUGCUGUGCCGGAUGAGCUUGCAGAGGGGUUUGAGGGAGAUGAGGAGGGGGAUGGUGGAGGUGAGGAUCAGGGUCAGGGCCAGGGCGAUGGCAAUGCCGAGGGUGAUGGAGGCGAGAGAGGCGAGGAGAAGGCCAAGGAAAGGGAGGGCAGGUCAAGAAGGCGGGGGAUGUCUACGUCGUCGUGGUCGUCGACCAAGGAUGGGGGAGAUGGCGCAGAUGGAGAUGGAGGCGGUAAUGUCAGCACCACCGGCGCCGACAAUGCAAACGCCAAUACCAACGCAUCCUCAGAGGAGCGCUCUCUCGAGUCGAGCAGGCCGACGAUCGCAGAUGCGCUCGCACCUGGGCUCUCGCUGACCGUGAACGGAUCGCCAUGGGCCCGUGUCAUCCUCCGCGUCGACGAGCCGGGCGACCGCGCGGUUAUCGUCAUCUAUGGGCUUAUGCCAGGUCGGCAGUACGAUAUCGAUCUCGGGCUACAGACGGCGUGGGGGAAUGUCCGAGGUCGGAUAACGACAGACGCAGAUGCUACAGACGACAGCGCCCCGUCCGACAUGUCGGGCCCGACCAUAAAUGGGACGACGGCAGGUGCAUCAUUACAGCCCUCGAUCACCGCCUCGUCCUCGCUCCUUCCCUCCCCAACAACGCCCAUAUCCUCCAUCGGCGCACAGCCCUCCUCUCCGCCCUCCCCGUCCUCCUCCCCAGGCCCGAACAACGCACAGCUCGCGGCCCACCAAGCGCAGCUCACGCCCCUCCUCAGCACGCACACGCAGCUCUCCCAAGCACUCAAAUCCGCACGCCGCGACGCACAGCGUGCCGACGCCGCAGCACGUGGCGAGGCCGACGCCCUCCGACGCGCCGCUGAGCGCGCUGCGGCUGCCGAUGUGCGUGCUCGCGGGCGUAUUCUCGGGCUCGGCGAGGCUGUGAGGAGGGCAGAGGCGGCGACGGCGCAGAUGCGCGAGGAGACGCGCGAUAUCGAGGGCGAGCUGCCUGGGCUCGAGGCUACCGUUCAUGCUCGCGAAGAUGACGUUGCCCGUGUGCGGCGGGAUGCGGACGAGGCGAGGAGGCAGCGGGAGGAGCAGGAGGAGGAGGGGCGGCGGAGGCUUGAGAGGGGGAGGGCGGAGGUGAAUGCGUGUGGGCAUAGGUUGGAGCGGUUGAAGGCGCGGACGGAGAAGCUCGAGGGUGGGAUGCCGGAGCUGGAGAAGCAGCUGCAGGAGGUGGAGGAGGAGAUCAAGAGGGCAGAGGAGGAGGCGGUGGCUAACAGCGAGCAGGCUCAGGCGCAAGCUGCGGCUGCGGCGGCGGCUGCUACCACUAGUGCGUCGAGCUCAACGUCGCCGCACCGGCGGCGAAGCUAUGGUCCCCAUCCAUCGAUACCGAGUCAUCAUCUCGCGCCGCCGCAUCUCGCCCACGCUUCUCACUUGCAGGGUUCGCUACAAACGCAGCAGCAGCAGCAGCAACAGCACCCCGCACCCAUCGCACGUCCAUCCAUCAUGCUUUCCGCCUCCUCAACACAACCAGCACUCGCUCCGCCCUCCGUCAUCCAACGGCCACGCGGGGCAAUUCCUUCAUCUACAUCGCUGGGCGGUAACAGUGGCAGCAGCGCCGUCGGGACGCUGAGUCUGGUGCCUGGCACACUGGGGGCCGAGCGCAUGUCGUCGACGCUGUCGAGCCGCGCGCCCGUGUUUGAGCCGUCACAGGCGAGAUGGGGCGCGAUGCUCUCGGGUACACCCACUGGGAGUGCGAACCCUGCAACGGGCGGUGCUGGUGUACUCGGGCCUACGGCUAUACAGCCCAUACAGAGACCAGCGCGGACGGGGAAUGUUGGAGUGCAUCGGUGAUUUACUGCCAGUGGAGGAUGUAGGAGUGUAGCUUAUGGAUGGCGUGCAUGGACUUGAACCGUAGACAUAUACUGAAUGAGACUCCUGCAACAAUGUAUCGAUAGUACUGGUAUCAUCCUGUUAGCUGAUUGUUGGCGCCAUCUGCAUCUCAUGGGAUACAAGUCCGAAGUCUUUCACCACAUCCUGUACUUAAAUGUCAUAAUUCUAGUGAACGGUUGC